AUGAAGUUCGACGAGAUGGCUCUAUGCCUGGUGGCAAAAACGAAGGGAAGGUUGCUCUUCGUGGGCAUCGACUCAGUAGGGGAUACCGGGGAGAUUGAUCGCCUCGCUCUACUGAGGAGUCAUCGCACCUCACCAAGGAGCUGGGUGAAUCCCCCUCGGCGCCGUCUUAUUCUCGAAGAGGAUUCGGAGGAUGAAUUCCACGUGAAUGAAGUCCCCAUGCAUGCACGUGCUGCUGGCGGCUCUACCUACCACAGACCGUCUGAUAGUAAGAAGAAAGGUCAACGGUUGGGAGAGCACUCACCUUCUGAAAAAAAUGAUAUGCGGGUUGGUGAUAGGGGUCGCAUGCCACCUACUCUAGCGGCGGAUUCCAAACUGAAGAGGGUGGGUACCAAAGCUAGGCCUCGGUAG